AACAUCACACUACCCAGAACGGCGUGGUGGAGCGAGGAAAGUACAAAAAUAAUGUGCUGUUGAUGUCCGGUGGCAAGAAACAUCUUUUCUCGUUGCGGUCGCCCAAAUUCCGAGAAAGGCUGGAAGCUGCGAUCAACGGUGCCCACAGAGCUUCUCAGAUAGCCCUGCAGAAAGCUGACAUCGCUAUUUCCAGGACAGCGACAGCCAGAGGUAAAGCGGAACAAGCGGACAUCGCCGCCAAGCACGCUAGAACGGAAUCGGACAUCGCCAGAUUAGUUGCCAAGCAGUUUGCGCCAGAAUUCCAACAGCCAGGCACAGGAUUUUUGAAAAGAAAAUUCCCUUCUAGUCAAGAAUCAUCAGAUUUUGGACAUUACCACACUGGUGAGGACUUUUCCCAGCGAACAUUUCACUUUGGAAAUCCAGAAACCGUCGGAUCUUCGAGGGAUCCUUUUCCACAGAAGGCUGAGUUCGACGACGUCCAUCUAAGCCUCCCUCCGGAGCCCAGCAUCCCUCCCGCUCAGUCUGCUCUUCUCGACAUCUUCCGGAACAACCCCGACCGUCGGCCAUCGGCAGCCGGAUUCCUCAGGCGUCCAUCCGCUGCGAACUUCAGACGUCCAUCCGUUGUUGUUGAACACAAACUCGUUCCUUCUUCUUUCGAGCAGCGCUCAGAACCUAUUCCAAACAACCCGACAGGAGACAGGUACCACUACCCGCUGACUGCACAGCAAGUCGUCGACGAACACUUUCGUCACUACUACGAGACCAACCCCAACCAAAGCCCGACGCCCAAGCGAGCCGCCAAAAAGCCGGGCAUCGAUUUGUCGGAAUUGUCCAGAAUAUACGGUAUACCCCUUACCCCUCCCAAGAUGGAGGAUGAAGAAGGUACACCUUUUCUUCCCCAGAGGCGUUCCACCUUGCCCACAGUUCUCGACCAAGUGGAUCAAGAUGGGAUGAGUGGUCUUGGAGACGGGAUGGUGAGGACGGGAUCCUUGUACAGCGCCACACGCAAAAUGGAAGCGUCUUCCAAGAACAGUUCCAUAGCCAGUGCUAGAAAAAAUAGCCUACCCGACAUUAGCAACAUUGGAAGCUCGGAACCCAGAGUUUUGACGAGGGAAACUAUAGCAGUCUUGAGCAGCCAAAGGCGAGAGGCAAUCCGCAGACAGCAGGAAGAGGCAGAACGACUCAGAGCAAAUCCUCUACUUUAUCUAGUCAGUCCAGAAGUGUGGGAUUGGCUGGCAAGUCAACAGUUAGUGAUUCUUGUAGUCGUUAUCAACAUCGCCUUAGGAAUAUUAUUUUUCAAGGUCAUUUUAUAACAAAGGAAAAUGAAAUUUCCGUUUUCUGGUGCUCUCCUUGAAUUCCGAAAUUCCAUCUCAUCGUUUCUAGGACAUAUUUCCUGAACAUCGUCUGGCGCCAUUUUCACAGAAGUAAAGAAAGAGAAAAAGAAUAUUUCUUUCUUCGAGCUGAACGCCUGUCACGAAAGGAUAUCGUCGAAAAGGCGCUGUAAUUAUACUUUUUUACAGAUAUUUUGGCAACAUUGAACCAUAUGAAAUCUUUAUUAAAAUUCCAGAUCUCUUAUUCACUAAAUAUCUUCAGUCUCCUGAAUUAUUUUAAUAAUAAAUGAAAUUCGAUUAAACAAAAUUUGCAUUGAUAAGUUCAUAAAAGCGAGGAAAAUGUUUUUACAGCUGAAAUUAUUCAAAUUUAUCAUUUCAAUGUCAGAUUAAUUGCUAUCUAAAUCUAUUGAGAAACAAUUGCUAUUAAAAUAUUUUUAUAUACUACGCAUGGAUUGUGAGAAAAAACUAUUAUGUUCUAAUCUUUUUAUUUUUUUUUUUUACAAACAACAGUACAUACAAUUAUUUUCAUAACAUAAUGAUUGAAUAAAUUAUUUUUCACUUUAGAUAUUUAUAAAAUUUACAAAAAACGUUCAGUAGCAGUAUGCAAUCAAUUUAAACAAUAAAUUGUGUUAAAUAAACAUUUUUAGAAUGGCCUUUAUUGAAAAAUAUGUAAUCUUUCGAGCCUUAUAACUGAAUUUUGUAUAUAUAAUUAUUCUUGUGGAUAGUUUUUGUAAACUGUCAGAAUUUUUGAUAAAAAAGCAACUUCCAGUUGAGCUGAUUUCAUAACUUUCAUAUUUUCUUCGAAACAAAAAAAGACAAAGUAUUUCCUUGAAGGAUAUUUCCUAAAAUUCUUCAUGCCGGUAUGUACCAUAUUUGUAAAAAUAUAGUAAUUCAGAAGAAUUUGGUACUUUUAUGAAAUAUGUAUCUGAAAAUUAUGAACAAAAUGUCCAUGUAUAAAAUAUUUUCAAAAUUUG